CUCUCUGUCGAACCUAAUAUCUAACAUCCACACAUUUUAUUUUUACAUAAUUUUCAGUAUCAGUAUUCUCUCGUCUACCAUUGUUUAUAUAAUACUUUAACAUAGAAUAGACGACUAGGAAAUUUGCAAAUUUGAAAAAAAAAAAAACUGUUAAAAUGGGAAUUUUGCGAUUUGCAUUGAAAUCCAGUAUAGCCGGUGGUAUCGUAUACUAUACCGUGCAGGAAGGGUUGUGGUCAAAACCUGAGGACACUAUUGAUAUGUACUGCAGGAUGUACAACAGCGUAGCUCCUUACAUUCAAAAGAAUAUUCCUGAAGAUGUUACAAAAUCGCUACCAGUUGUGCCGAGUUUUGUGACAAUGACAGGUUGUGCAAAGGGCAUGUGGAACAAGGGUGUAAUGACAAGUAUCAAAUUUACAUCAGAACUACCGAGUCAUCUGUCGAAUGGAAUAGAUUCAGUGAUGUCAACACCGGCGAUUAAAGAGUUGUUUGGAGAUCAACCUGAAACGGGAAAGUCUCAAUGAUCGAUGAAUGAUCCAAGAACUAUAUUUCCGUGGCUAACAUAGAUUGUUUAUUCGUUAACAAACAUUGUUUUCUGAAAAUAUUGAAGCACUGUCGCAUGUAGAAACAAAGUGCAAAGUAAGGUAUUCUCUCAACCCUUUUUUGUAUGUUUCAACAGACAGUGUAAAAUUCAAUGCAACUUGAUUCCUGUACAUUAUUCGUCAGCAGAAAAAGAAGUAUACGAAAAUUGUUGUGUACAUUCA